GGCCUCGCGCGCCGCCCGCGCGAUCCACAGCAACCCGCCGCAGCCGGCCAAAGUCGUGCCGGUGUACGGCACCGGCCCGCCGCCUGAGCCGCCGCAGCCGACCGCCGAGUUCGCCGCCGAGGAGCGCGAGGAGCGCGAGGAGCGGCUGGCGCGCCGCCGCCGUCAGGCCGAGAUGCUGCGCCAGGCCGGCGACCUUAAGACGCUGAGGCAGCAGCAGCAGCAGCAGCAGCAGGGCAGUGGGAGCGCGGGCGCUAAAACAACCCAGACCGCCAGCGCCGGCGGCCGGCUGAAGCGGCGGUUUUGGAAGGAUGUCCACGUGCGGGAAGUCAACGGCGCCCUCGAAAUCCACCUCGACACCCGGCCCCUCCGCCACCCAACCACGAAAUCCAUCAUCCGGCUGCCCCCAUCCAAGCCCCACCUGGCGCACGCGCUGGCCCUCGAAUGGGACUCCCUAACGUCCGCCUCACAAGCGACCAAGCAGCACAUGAUCCCGCUGACCUCGCUGGUGUGCCGCGCACUGGACCUGACGGCCGACGCCUCGCUCCGGCCGGGCGUGGCCCAGACGCUGCUGCGGUACCUCGACACGGACUCGCUGCUGUGCUUCUGCCCCGCGCCGUCUCCGGAAGAGUCAGACGACCACGACCACGAUGACCCCGCGCAGCAGCUGCACGAGCGGCAGCGCCAGGCGUACGCCGAGACGGCGGCGUACGUGACGGCGCGCCUGUGGCCGGGCGUGCGCGUGGAGCCCGUGCUGGAGGGCGCGUCGAUCGUGCCGCGGCAGCAGGCGCCGGGCACGCGCGAGGCGGUGCAGGACUGGAUCCUCUCGCUGUCCGGGUUCGAGCUGGCGGGGCUGGAGCGCGCGACGCUGGCCGGCAAGAGCCUGCUGGCUGCGGCGCGGCUGGUUGCGGAGUGGAGCGAGGAAGGGGCGGCGGCAGCGGGGCCAGCAAAUGGGCAGGCCGGAGUGGAGGAGGAAAAGAACCGGAAGCGGUUUGGGGUCGAAGAGGCUGCCCAGGCGGUCAGUCUCGAGGUGACCUGGCAGACGCGCCAGUGGGGCGAGGUGGAGGACACGCAUGACGUCGAGAAGGAGGAUCUGAGGCGGCAGCUGGGGAGCGUCGUGCUGCUCGUUUCCGGGACGCGCAAAGGGUCCGAAUCAAAGAGCAGCUGAUGCGGACUCCACAGAGAUGGGUUUGUUACGCUCAUUGUCGCCUAGCAUGAGCUGUCUCGUGAAUGUAUAUGUGUAGACUUACUUAUCUUGUGACAGCUCGAUGCUGCUGUGUCCCUGCAGGGGUUGCUCACUCAGUUUUCGCUCUGUGCACAGGUCUACGCAGUAAGCAAAUGUUGCAUGUUCA